CGUAUUAGUUAUCGUAGAUAAGGUACCUUAGUUACCCGCAGAAUGACUCCUCUCCGACACCGGUUCCGGUGAUAUCGAUUUAAUCUUCCCCGCCACGGUCCCCACCAAUAUUUCUUCCCCUCUACAACAAACCACCCCAACUCAUCAAUCCACCCAAGAUGGCCGCCAGACAAUCACCUUUCGAUCUAUCGACAUGCGCGCGCAAGAAUAUCUUGCAAUUGCACCCUUACCGGUGUGCCAGAGAUGACUACAAAGACGACGGCACGAAUAUCCUACUGGACGCGAACGAGAAUGCCUACGGACCCGGUCUGGCUUUGAACUCUGAAGGCGCGCUUCAAGAAUCCACGGUGACGGGGGGCUCGACUGGAUCGUCGAAACCCGAGAUCGACCUGUUGGGAUUGAACCGAUACCCAGAUCCUCACCAGAUCGAGUUGAAACAACUGUUCUGCCAAUUCCGCAACACCCACCACCACACCCAGAAGACCCUACGACCGGAGAAUCUCUUCGUCGGCGUCGGCUCCGACGAGGCCAUCGACGCCCUACUACGAUGUUUCUGCGUCCCCGGAAAAGAUAAGAUCCUCACCUGCCCUCCGACGUACGGCAUGUACGGCGUCAGUGCACAGGUCAACGACGUCGAGAUCGUCAAGGUGCCGCUGGACGUGAACAACGGGUUCCAGCUGCAAGCGGACAAGAUCAAUGAGACGCUGGCGGCCGACAGCUCGAUCAAGAUGGCCUAUAUCUGCUCCCCGGGCAACCCGACGGCGAACCUGAUCAGCAAGGCGGAUAUCCAGAAGGUGCUGGAGCACCCGACAUGGAACGGAGUGGUGGUGGUCGACGAGGCGUACAUCGAUUUCGCGCCGGAGGGGUCCAGUCUGGCCGAGUGGGUGAACGAGUGGCCGAACCUGGUGGUCAUGCAGACGCUCAGCAAGGCCUUCGGGCUGGCGGGUAUUCGACUCGGCGUGGCCUUCACGAGUCCCCCCAUCGCGACGCUCCUGAACAGCCUCAAAGCCCCUUAUAACAUUUCGAGCCCGACCAGCGCCCUGGCCACCGCCGCUCUGUCGGAGACCAACAUGGCCGUGAUGCGUCGGUACCGGGAGCAGAUCAUCGCGCAGCGCGAGCGGCUGGUGCGCGAGCUGCCGAAGAUCCCCGGCGUGGGCCGGUUCCUGGGCGGACAGGAGUCGAACUUCCUGCUAGUCGAGCUCUUGGAUAAGAGCGGGAAGGCGAGCAACGAGAUCGCCGUGGGCGCGUACGAGGCGAUGGCGGAGAAGCGGGGCGUGGUGGUGCGGUUCCGCGGCAAGGAGCUGGGCUGCGAGGGAUGUUUGCGUAUCACGGUCGGCACGGAGGCUGAGGUGACCAGGUUCUUGCAGGAGAUUCGAGUGGUGCUGGAGGGGUUGUUGAAUGGGUUGGAUAUUCAGUCGUUGAGGUAGGGGGGUUGACUCUUUUAAUUUAAUCAUUAUCGUUAGAUAUAAAGCAUACAAUGCAAGCAUGGUUCAAGUUAACAUGAUCGUCUGUUAACUUCUUGAUGGCUAUAGUUGACCAGAAAUAUACAAACUGAGUACAUCUCGGCGCCUCCCGAUCAAAUCUAAAACAACGUCAUGCAAUCAACUCACUGCCAGGGGCUCCCAAAGACAGACGAUAAGAAGGUUGCAUCGACAGAACCGUUUCUUUGUCUCUCGUCAACUACACCCAAGUAGAAACCAGGCACGUGCCUAAUCAGAUGGACGAUUUCGGUAACCGGGCGACUCGAAAAAACAAAACCACGGAACCCAGCGCCUAACUUAUCGCAUGGCAUGGCCGAGCAAUUACCCUAUCCAUCGCCGAUAGCGAUCACGAGAGAAAAAAAAAAAAAGGAGAACCAACCACUAUCACUGAUACAACUUGAGGCCGACGGGUUACACUUACGAGUCAGGCCAAUCUAGGCAUUCUGGCAUCUAAGCCACACCACGACCAAGGAAUCGCGAUGUUGCGGUCGCAUGUGAAUUCGCCUCUCCC